AUGGAUACAUUUAAAAUAGAAGCGAGGACGAGCUUGCUUCAUACUGCCGCUCACCAGCACUACAGCAAAGCCCUGGCUCAGAGCAAAGCCCUGAAGGCGCUCUCGACAGAGCUCUACAUUGUCAAAGACCUCACCAUCAGUGGGCUCCUCCAGAAAGGCAGGAGGCAGCGCUCUAACGCGAGCUUCAACCUCGCCGCGGAGAUGGGCAGGGCAAUGAGGAUGAGCAGUCCAGAGAGCACUGGCCAUAGCGAGAACUCACAACACCAAGGAUGUCUAUCUCAAUACCUAUUUAGGAAGCAGGAGCGAGCUCAAAUAAACAAUAUUGAAGCAGUGGCAGCGUGUGGGAUUAGGGCAGGAAUGCUACAUACAAAUUACUACUGUUACGUCACGCCAAGGCCCCAACCAAAUCCAAACGCCGAAUGGACCUUUGCCGAAUGGACCUUUUUGAAUGGACCUGUCCGAAGACAUUCCGGAAAUCCUUCACAGUCCUCUUCAUAA